GAGUUGUAUUCGCUGCCGUGUCGAUGAGGACGGACCUGCAGACCUGCGUUAAGAGGGGGGCAAGAAGAGUCGCGGAAGACCUUCAGUGUUCAGUUUGAACAUCACUUUAUCACCAUCUCCCCGCAAAGUCAGAGCGAAGGAUUCCUGCGGCGGGGGGAUUAGACGGCUUCCACAUUUCCUCACCUGGAGUGUCCCUUACCUUCCCCGGCCAGCGUCUCCGGGAGACUGAAGGAAAACCACUUGACAGACCUGAAGAGCUUUGCCCGAGGCGAAACACUGCUCAUAUAGAAAGCUGGCUGAAGGACAUUAACACAGUGAGAAGUGGAAAGUGUGGCUGCAUCCACCAUGGAGGUCUAUAACACUUCGAGGAAACUUACUUUGCUCUCAUUUGCUUUUCUGUGGGGGCUCUCAGGCAUAUGGGCCCAAAUCCAGAUGCCUCAAACCAGUAUGAAUGUGACCAAGGGUCAGAUGGUUGUGCUGAGGGCCUCGUACACCACAGAGCCAGGCAGUGACUUGAGCACCAACACCAUCCUCUGGAACUUUGUCUCUAACAACACCCAGUUGAUCAUCUCCUACACCAAAGGCUCCAUGAGCGUGGGCAGCUCUCAGUUCAAGGGCCGCGUUGGUUUCACCACCAGCAUGCCCUCACGCGACGUGUCACUGUACAUCAACAACACCCAGGAGUCUGACUCAGGACGCUACUUCUGCCAGAUCAUCAUUCCUGAUAAUCCUGGCCUCACUGCUGAGCUCAGUCUGGAUGUGAAGGUCCCUCCUGCUGUUCCUAAGUGCUCUCUAUCAGGGAAGCCAGUGCUGAAGGGAAAUGUGACUCUGAGCUGCAGAUCCAGCUCUGGGAAGCCCAUUCCUAUGUACAAGUGGAGGAAAACCAGCCCCACCUCUGAGGUCUUCUUCUCACCCAUGCUCAAUGAAAAGACCGGCACUCUGAAGCUGAGCAACCUGAGCAGCAACAUGUCAGGGAAAUAUGUGUGCACAGCCAGCAACUCAGCCGGAUCAGAGAGCUGCUUCAUCAACCUGGAGAUCGUCACCUCCACUAAUGUGGGGAUGAUUGUUGGCGCCACCGUGGGCUCAGUGGUUGGCUUCAUCUUCCUCCUCCUCCUCUGCCUCGUUUUCCUGGUGAAGAGGCGGAGAGACAAUGAGGACGACAUGGCUAAUGAAAUCAAGGAGGACGCUCAGGCUCCCAAACGUGUGUCCUGGGCAAAGAGUGGCAUGGGUUCAGAUAUUAUCUCCAAGAAUGGCACCCUGUCUUCCAUCGCCUCCAGCCCACACCACAAAGAGCCCUCCCACCACCACAACAACCACCACCACCACCACCUGCAGCAGUAUCCCCAGCGCCCCCCCUCGGACACAGCCUCCAUCAUCACCGCCACGGGGAGCACAGCCGGUUACCGGCCAUCCCGUCAUCACGGAGCCUCCACCCCCACCCACUACAGCUACAACAACAACACCACCCUGCCACGUGGACAGCCGGUCUCCUCUGAGGCCAGCACCAACGGGAGCUCCCUACCAAGACCAGAGCGCUUUGCUCAGCUGCCCCAGGCUCAGGUGCUGCCACAGACCUACAGCCAGCCUCAGCCGCAGCUCCAGGCCGCUCCCUCCCCGCCCCCGCUGCCCACUUCCACAGUCACAGCCUCCAACAUCACCCGCAUGGGAGGGGUGCCCAUCAUGGUUCCUGCACAGAACCAGGCCGGGUCUCUGGUCUAACUCUAGCCAGCACUGGCAAAGCAGUGCUGCUGACAAAAGCGUUGGAACACUGUCCCUUCACUCUGGGUCAAGGGUCAGCUGCUGAUUUUUUUAAAGGGAACGCUUUAAUUACUAUCUAGCAAAUAAUUAUUGUAGAUGAAAAGGUCAAUUUCACGUAUGAUGCUUGCUUUCGCGCCAAGAAGCUUCAUGGCAAGACUUUCAGACACAGACUGUUUACUUGCUUCAAGUAUACUUACGUCUUUUAUAUUCUGUCUGCACUGUAUACAUUGCAAACUAUGUACAGAUAUGAUUUUCAUACAUUUGUCUGGUAUUUUCUACUUUACCAUAUCUUUUAUUUCAAAUGUAGCUUUUAAACCUUACAUUGUAUUUUUCCCCCUGCCAUACUGAUGAACAGCAAAUGGAUCAUCACGGUGGGCUUUUCAUGUACGAAGAGGGUUAUGCAGGUCUGUUGUACCUCAUCAAUCAUCUUCACUCAAAAACUACCUAAGGGAAGAAUUUUCAAGACCAAAACCAGUUUAAGCACAUUAUGUUAGUACUGUUCAGAGAGAGCUGCUCAAAGGGAAGUUAAUGAGAACUGGGUGUGAUAGAUGAGUGUAUUGCUGCAGCAGACUUAUGGACAGAAAGAUAAGACAAUAUUAUACAUAUGAUAAAGAUU